AUAACAGCUCAAACUUCCAAGAUACACAAACAGAUCCACCUGAAAAAAAUUCUCACUCCCUAUAAAUAUGCAACUCAUUUCUCCCCAUUGCACAACACUAAUUCAGAAAUAAAGAAAUUAAAAGUUAAAACCAAAACAAUGAGCAAUCCAUGCCUUCAAAUCUCUACAUUAUUUCUCAUUACUUCCCUAUUAUUCAUAUCAAAUAUACAAAUUUCAUCAGCCACCACCAAAAAAACAACCUACAAAACAUACCUGAAAACCGCUUGCAAUUCCACUACAUACCCAUCAUUAUGCUACGCCACACUCUCCCCUUACACCUCCACCAUCCAAACUAACGACCUCAAGCUCUGCAAUGCAGCAUUAGCCAUCACCCUCAACGCCGUCACCUACACUUCCACUGCCGUUAGAAGUCUGUUAAAGCUGAAGGGAUUGAGCAAGAGUGACGUUGCCGUUAUUAAAGAUUGCCGUUAUGAAAUUGCAGAAAGCAUUGAUGAGAUUAAGCAGUCAUUGAGGGCUUUGAAGAAUCUAAAAAAUGCUGCUGAUAAGGCGUUUGAGAUUGAUAAUAUUAAGACGUGGAUUAGUGCUGCGAUUACUGAUGAGAAUACGUGUACGGAUGGAUUCGAAGGAAUUAAAGUGAGUUCUAAAGUUAAGAGUAAGAUUAAGAAGAGUAUAUUGAAGAUUAAUAGGCUAACUAGUAAUGCUUUAGCACUUGUUAAUAAACUUAAUUACUAGUGCUAAUCUUCUUUUUCUUUGUGCAUGUGUGUGAUGAUCAAUUUGUAGUAUUUUCUAUUUUAAUGAUCAAAUUAAUCAACAAAAAUUCAUUUUGUCCUUUAAA